GUUUUCAGUGUCCAGAAACAUGUGCCCGAAUGUUGGAAUGCUGCGAAUAUUUCCUGGCAUUACAUUUCAGACGGUGAGAAGGAAAGUGGGAGUGAGAGUUUUUUUUAUGUCUUCUUUAAUGUUGAUCAUACUUACCUCGAUACAUCAUUUCCAGUACUCUUCUGUGUCUGUAACACUACUGCCCUCAAUAUGGCUGCAUGUGGAAAUAAGCAGGUUGCCAAGCUAUGAGUCAGUAUUAGUGUUACUCAGUGAUUCAGUGCUUGAUGGAUUGAUUUAAAUUGUGUCGAUUCUACUCAGAAGUAGGGGGCUGAAAAAGAAGAGGGGUUGAUAUGUCAAGGUAUUAGAACCACCGAGGUUGGUGCUGAGUAGUAAAUUAUUUUUAUCACAGCUCAGUGCACAACAGUAACACUUGAAUCAAAAUUCAAAUUAUAGACAAGUCAUCUGCCUUAGAUACAAGUCGUCUUGGGAGAUGAAAAAGGGUGGAAAUAUUUACUGUGUGAGCUAUAGCUCUUAGAUUAGUUUCAUAGAAAUAAUCCAUAAUUUAGAAAUCCUUAUUCGUUCAAGAGUUUUCAUUAAUCAGCGUUUGGCGGACCCAUAGACACGUUUUGAAAUUGCAUCAGAGACCGCAGCCAGCUUGCUUUAAUUAUGUUUUCUUUUUAUUUGGCCCAUAAAUAUUCAUGUUGUGUGGACCGGCAACGUUAGGCUCCCGGACCACCAUUUGAGAACACUGCAUUAGAUUAAACAUGCAUUAUGAAGUGAUAGAACAUAUUUCAACCUGGGAGAUCUUUUGGUAGAGUCUUUUUACCAGACUCAUAUUGCGUUGCAUAUGUAGGUGGAUAUAUGACACAGGGCCGGCGCGAGACAUUUUUAGGUUGAGUAAAAAUAGGCAAUUGUCGCCCUCUGGGGCCUGUUUGAUGAUCAUGCAUUGUACCCGCCUUGAGCCGGCCCAGCAGAGACAGAUUUUAGGUUGUUAAAUACUGUGUUUCUCUGGAAUUAUACCGGGUCUUAUAUUAAAUUUUGCCACAAAAAACAUAGGGGGCUUAUUUUCAGGUUAUGUCUUAUUUUUUCAUGUCCAGCAAUCUAGAUUUAUUCAUCUGGUACAACCGUCAAGGGUUUUCUUGACAAGAUAUGCCGCUGGAAGAGUAUUGGCAACACAUAUGACUGAUUUUUUUGUUUACAACACUAAGUAUUGAGUUCUGGGGCUAAUUUUUGGGCUGUGGCUUACUUUGGGGGAGGGCUUAUAUUACAAGCAUCAUGAAAAAAUGCUUAUUUUAUUUUACGAGUAGCUCUUAUUUUCUGAGAUAUACAGAAACAUAAUAUCAUAUACUUGAUAGUAUGUAAUUUUGCUCAUAGAAAAUGUGUCUCAUCCAAGACUAAAGGGCUUCAUAAGCUAUUGUGUGUGUAAUGUGAUUCAUAUCUUGUCAGCUAUGGUAGUUAAUGAUCUUAUAUUCCUGUUGAAAAACAUUAUAAACAAUUAGUUUAAAGCUCUCCAUAAACUAUAAAGUUAGUGGUUGAAAAGGUGAAUUGCUAUUUUAGGUGGUGGUUGAUAGGUGAAGUAAAAUACCUUUUACCACAUUUUACCCCUGAAACAUAUACACACGUUGGUAUAGAAUUUUCUUUGUGUCUUUUCUGUUAAAAGUUAAUUAAAUAGUCAAACUCAGUAGUGGAUUAUGAUAUAAAUUGUGUCAACAUGAUUAAUUAACCACAGAAAAUUAUGUUUGAUGAUAUUUUGAUAUUUUAAUAAUUUAAGUAUUAAAAAUAUACCAUUUGAUUUCUUUUAGGUGCGUGCUUUCCUACAACCUCCUGUUCAGGGUGUCGUUUUACAGACGUAUGGAGCUGGCAAUGCACCCAACAACAGACCAGAUUUACUGCAGCUGUUAAAAGAGGCUUGUAAUUGGGGAGUGCUCAUUGUUAAUAUUACCCAGUGUAGCAGAGGCAAUGUCAGCUCUGUCUACGCUACAGGAUUGGUGAGCAAUAUUUUACACUGUACUGUGCCUUGAGAAAAUUCUUAAUUAGAAGGCAUCUUGAAAAAAUAAAAUAUAACUAGUGUUGUCAAAGUCUAUAUUUUUAAUAUACUUAUUUUAUUGAAUAUAAUAGAUGGAGCACUUUGGUUUGGGCCUUAUUUUUCUACUAAUUGACCUUUAACCCCCUCUGAUGAGUACAAUGUACUAUAAUUAAUAUCUGAGUUUUAUUUUCAUCAGGCUUUGAGGGAGAUUGGUGUUAUAAUGGGAGCAGACAUGACUCCAGAAGCUGCCCUCAUGAAACUCAGUUAUGUACUAGGCAAGGAUGAGUGGACCCUGGAUCAUAAAAGGACAGUAAGUUGUUAACUGUAGUGGACCCUGGACCAUAAAAGGACAGUAAGUUGUUAUCUGUUGAUACAUCCCACUAUUAAAUGUCAUCCUAUUGGCUGGCAAUAAAGUACCCUCUUGAUACAAGGGUUGUGCCCAGUGUCUCUUUUCGGCCUUAAACUUGACCCUGGCUUUAUAAAAAAUUUAAUUUGACAGAUGUGAAAAAUGAUUAUACUCGAAGUAGGUUAAAAUAAAAAUUUUGUUAUACCUGUAUCUUCAUUUAUAAAAAUGUGUUCAAUAUUGCGCAUCAACAAUAAAAAAAAAAGUUGAUCUUUAAUAAUUCAUUUUAAUUUAUACCAAAAUUUAGUUUGAACUUACAUGUGAAGCCACUUCUAUUUCUGUCUCUAGAUGCUGGCCCGAAGUCUAAGGGGGGAAAUGACGACUGUGGUAGGGGAUGUCCUUAAUAUAUCAGACUCUGAGCUCAUUGACAGUGUGGCUAAUUACAUGAGCUUAAGCUCUAGAGAGGUAAUUUGGGAGUUUAAGCAUGUUUCAUUGGCACAAAGAUAGUUGAAAAGGAAAGGAAUGUGGGUCAAAGCAUUCUAAAAUUUUGUAAAAUUGUUUUACUGAAUCUGGAAUUUUGCAUUUUUUAAAAAUCUUCUCUUCCACUAAUUCUUAAUUUGAUGAAACUUCAAGUCAAAAAAUUUAAUCUGUAUUUAUGCCACUUGGCAAUCAUCUUUCAAAAUAUAAAAUCUUACAGGAAGUCGCUAAAGUAAAAGAUGCCAUCUACCCAUGCUUGAUGUGUGCUGCUGCUAAAGCCAAUGACAUACAAGCUUUGGAAAAAUUACGUACUUCGGUGAGGGAAAUUGUUUUAAUAGCAUAUUAAAUAUUUGAUUUUCUAUAAAGAAAUGUCAUCUCAAAAAUUGAGCUCUAUGGUGGUUCAUAUUUGAAAAAAGAAGUUAAAAUAUAUUUAUAUAUUUUUCUAUUGUUUUUAAAUUUACACUUUUGUAGGCUUGACAUUUGUCAAUCGCAAUAAUUUUACACCCAUAAGAGGCAGCAUAGGUACAAUUGUACCUUCAUAUCUUUUGUAUGAAAAUUUUCAGUGUAGUUUUUUGCGCAGUUAACACAUUAAUUAGGUUAAAUUUUAUAAAAUAGUACAGUCGAGUGUUUUUCUGAAUGCAGAUUAUCUGAAAUGUCAGUUAUCCAAAUGGCCUCUACUAUCUUUUUAUUUUUGUCAUCAUUCUCAAUGAGCACGGCAUGGAGCAUAUGUGUACAAACACCCAAAAACAAUUUCGAUCCCUGUCGCGCAAUGCAGGUAAAAUCUAGAUCAGUGUUUCCUAAACUUUUCAUGGAAGGGACACACUUUUUAGAAAUUCAUAAUUUUGCAAUACAGUAAGUUAGUUUUACAAGUAUGCCGGGGUCAAACAAAUCCAUUUUAAAACAUACGGAUGCAAACAUCAUAAUUAAUACCGGUAACAAAAUGUAUGGUGACAACAUAUCUCAUGAAAACCGUUCCUUUAUAUGUUUUUACACAUUAAUUUCUUUGAUACUAAUAUACACUUUAAAGAUUUAUGAAAUUUUUAUUUAUUAUGAAUACUAAUAGGAAAAUAAAAAAACUCUUAUUUUUCUCCUUAUGAAUAAAACAUAACAGCUGAUAGUGAUGUCAAAAAGUUCACAUAUAUUUAUGUGCUGAAAAUGGAUAUGUACAUUGUAAUAAAAAAAAAAAUUAACAUUUAUUUGGAUCAAUAAAAUAAUCUUAUCUUAUAUUUAUAUACAGAUGUAUCGGUUGGCUAAGUCAUUGACAUAUGUGGAUUUGUCUAAUGACAAUGUAAACAAAUCACUAUCAUUUUGAAAAAAAUAUCUUUUAUUUUCAGUUUAAGUUUAAUGUUAUCAGACAUUCUUGGAUAAAACUUCUAAUUCUAAUUGUGUUAUCUUCCAUAGAAUUUUUAACAAUAAAUUUCUCAAGUUGCUCAUGCGAUAGCACAGCAAGAUUUUUAAAAGGAGUUUAGGUGAUUAACAAUGGGGACAAUGAUUGUUUUCACUACCAGAAAAUGUGAACCUCAGUUUCAAACACUUUUUUUAAAUAUAUAUAUAAACAAAGCUUGGAAAUUUUUCCUUCGGCUUCACACCUAUAACUGACUAAAAUGGAUGCCCACCUGUUUAUUUGUAAUUAUUUAGAAGCAUAUCAAUAGUUCAACUCGAAUUUGAUUAAGAAAAUGGCUUUUUAAAGAAAAAAGUCAGUAAAGUUUUAACAAUGUCUUAACAUCGAAACUCCUUCACUAAUGAUUUUUAUGUGAAUGUGACUGAAUAGUCUUGCUUCGACCAACAGGAAAGGCCAAGGGAACUGAAGAUAGGUGACAAAUAAAAUUUAAGAAAAUACGAAACUAAACAAGAGAAAAGGCAGCACAAAAAAAGGCCUAACUAUUUUUAUGCUAAAAAAUGUGCAAAGCAAUUUUGAUUUUAAAAUCAAAUGAUUUAGACAUUAGAAAGGCAAAACUGGGAACUGGUGUGCUUCUAAAUAAGAAAAUUAAAGGGAUACCACAUAGCCUUGCACGAUCCAUAUGUCUGAUCAGAUCAUUUGAUGUCUAGAAACACGUGAAUAUCGGUUUGGCUAAUUUUCGCGCAACACACCUACACCCUACUGGUAACACACUACUUUAUCGAGACACACAGUUUGGAAACCACUGAUCUAGAUGUUUUCUGUGGGACUGUAGGCUACAUGCAAUGACUAAACUGUGAUAAUGCCAUCUGCAAGUUUGUUAACUAAUAUAUAUGGUGCAGAAUGCACACCUACAAAGACAAAGUGACCCCGGACUUUAUUCUAAGCAUCACUCAUCGAUUUUUGGAAAGGACCUCUUUCCGCAUUCAAGUCCUUUUCUCUUUUUAAAAAAAAAAAUCAAUUAGCUGACCCUCUGACACUACACAAUGAUUUAGAAAUACGGUCCACUCCAUAUAUAUUCAGAUUGUGACUAUAUUAUAUGUUUUAUUUUUAUAUACGCACCUGUGAUUUUUUUCCCCCCUGAAAUUUGAUAUGUAGAGCUGUCAUUUAAUUUCAGGUCUCUAUGACUUCUAAAAAAAAAUUAUUGCAAUUUAAAAAGCUAAAAGUUGCAAUUGUACUUAUGCAGCCAUUCAAGGGUUAAUAAGUUCCCUAAAAAUCCUUUUAUUUUUUAAGGGAGGUAAUUUAUCAGGCGUGAACCAAGAUGGCAGAACGGCACUUCACGUGGCAUGUCGCAAGGGGCACGUAAAUGUUGUUCACUACUUGCUUAAUCACGGAGUGAGUGUUCAUAUGAAAGACUAUCGGAAAGAGACCCCACUAAUUGAUGCAGUGGAAGGAGGUCACCUAGAAAUCAUACGA